AUGCAUAUGCACAACAAACGCGUCAAUCAUUGGCCAGCUGGCGCAUUUGCUUUCUCAGGGACACUUAUUUUUCGGCGUCUGCGUCUAUUGAGUUUGUGUGUUGUUUCUCGUUUGUUGGUCUUGUGUUUUACAAGGUAGAAAUUUCUCAAGGACUACAAAGGGUGAGAAAUAUUUUUGUUAUAAAAAUUUUUUUAAACAAACAAUUUUUUUUCUAGAAAAAUGCCGCCAGCAACAUUGCCAGAAUACACAUAUGAAGAAGUUUUGAAAAACAACAAUGAAAAUGAGCCAAAAAGUUGUUGGAUUGUUAUUGAUGGAAAGGUUUAUGAUGUCACCAAGUUUUUGAGUGAACAUCCUGGAGGCGAGGAAUCGAUUACUGAUUUGGCUGGGCAGGUGGGUACUUUUUUCAAUUGAGACAAGGAAGUUAGUGGAAUUUAAUCUUGACUGGCUGGUGUAUUGGUGGAAUUUUAAGUUAAAAUCCUAGAAGGCGGUGUGAAAUAGUUAUCGGAUGAGAAAAUUCAAUAUUUCAGAGAGAUGAUUGAUGAAAUUUUCAAUUCAAGAAUUUCUAAAACUUUUUCAAUGUCUAAAAAAAAAUAUUUUAUAAACUAUUUGAAUCUGAAAAUAUUUCUAUUUUUUUUUAAAGUUUGUCAAUCUUCAAUAAAACACUGAUCAAUUUUCAUAAAAUUUCAAAUAAAUUUAGAAGUUAAUGGUGCUGAAAAUAAUAAAUUCCUAAAACAAUUUUAUGUUAUACCAUUUUCAGGACGCUUCCGAAGCUUUCCACGACGUCGGACACUCAGCAGAUGCGAUGGAAAUGGCAGAAGAAUAUUUGAUCGGAUUACUCAAAGGAGUGCCACCGCCAGCAGCCAUGAAAUCAGAAAAAUCCGUUCCAACAUCAAAAAUCAACAUCACCGAGACACUUCAAAGUAUUGCCAAUAAUUCAAUCGUAAAAAAUAUUGUUUUCCCAGCUUCGAUCGGUUUGGCCAUUUAUUUUGUUUAUAGAACAGUUGUCAAAUCAAAGUGA